UUACCCAAAAUGCGCUUGGGGAAAACCAGGCGGGGAAUAGGAAAAGUAAACCAUGCGAAAGCUAGUGCCUUGACGUCGGAUUGUUUUACACAUUUUACUGAUUUGUGCUGUUUAGAUACAUCGAUUCUAUGAGUAUACAAGUGUAGAUUUGACAUAUUUUAAAAGACUUAGGUCUGAUCUGUUUUAAGAUAACGUUUGCGCGAAAGCGCAGCAAUGGCCCACAUGCGCCGAUCUCUCCAUGCUAACUAGUAACUAGCUUGUUAGCCAAGAUGCCGUUUCUCUUCUAGCGUCCUUACGUUUGGCUUAAAGUUCUUCACUACCAGUUAUUGAAUGUUAAACUAUCUUCGAAAUGUCUGGCUUUAACUUUGGAUCGGCAAAUUUCGGAUCCACGACCACAGGCGGAGGAUUCUCUUUUGGUGCCCCUGUUACCAGUGCACCUGCUGCUGGUACUACCUUUGGGACUGCUUUGGGUACAGCAGCAGCAGCUCCGGCUCCCACAACCAGCACCCCUUCUUUAGGCCUUGGAGGCAGUCUCUUCGGUCAGAAACCUUCUGGAGGAUUGUCUUUUAAUUCACCUGCAACAAGUACCACGGCCACGACAUCUAUUGGUACUGGAUUUAGCCUUGCCUUCAACAAGCCGACUGCCUCAGCGACUCCUUUCUCUCUCAGCACCCCUGCCACCACUUCUACAGCAGCCCCAGCAGGAGCAGGUUUGUCCUUUGGCUCCAUACUGACCUCCACUGCUCCACAACAGCCUGCCACAGGCUUCAGCUUUGGCACAACUACCGCCACUGCAGCUGCAACUGUCCCGUCACUUGGGGGCAGUUUAUUUUCAAAUCCAGCCUCAACAGGAUUGGGACAAACCACACUCGGAGGGGCAGGACUAACCUUAGGUUCGAUUUUAAGUACCUCCACAACAGCUCCAGCAGCACCUGCUCCAAGUAUAGGUCUUGGUGGGGUUGACUUCAGCACUUCAUCUGAAAAUAAGAAUGACACAUCUUCUGGAGUCAAUGCACAGGACAGCAAAGCUUUAAAAGAUGAGAAUCUUCCCCCACUUAUCUGUCAGGAUGUUGAGAAUUUUCAGAAAUUCGUAAAAGAACAGAAACAAGUUCAGGAGGACAUUAGUCGAAUGUCCUCAAAAGCCAUUACUAAAGUCCAGGAUGAUAUAAAGAGCCUUAAACAGCUCCUGUCAGUCAGCUCCAGUGGUCUUCAACGCCAGGCUUUGGCAAUCGACAAGUUAAAAUUAGAAACUGCACAGGAGUUGAAGAAUGCUGACAUAGCGUUGCGCACACAAAAAACUCCACCUGGACUUCAACAUGAAAACACUGCUCCAUCUGAUUAUUUCCAUAGCCUUGUUGAACAGUUUGAGGUACAGUUGCAGCAGUAUCGACAACAAAUUGAAGAGUUGGAAAAUCAUUUGACAACACAAGGCAGUGGUUCUCACAUUACACCCCAGGACUUAACCCUGGCUAUGCAAAAAUUAUAUCAGACUUUUGUUGCACAGGCUGCCCAACUCCAAAGUGUCCAUGAAAAUGUGAAGGUCUUAAAGCAUCAGUAUCUUUCCUACCGACGGGCUUUCCUGGAAGACUCGACUGACGUUUUUGAGUCCAAACGUGCAUCCAACAGGAAGUGGCAAAACACUCCACGAGUGACAACAGGCCCUACCCCUUUCUCCAGUGUCCCCAACGCCGCAGCGGUCGCCAUGGCUGCCACACUGACCCAGCAACAGCAGCCAACUCCAGGAACCCAGGCCACGUUGGGGGCAGGGUUUGGAAACCCGUUUGCCUCAGCAGUGGGCACUAGCUUGGGCUCCUCCACCCUGGGAGGUUUUGGUGGUGGGCCAGGAUUUGGUGGGGUGGGGUCUGGGGGCUCUUCUUUUUCCUUCUCGGCCAGUAAACCCACAGGAGGCAGUCUGAGUGCAGGUUUUGGCAGCAGCAGCACAGGCUUUAACUUCAGUAAUCCUGGUCUCAAUCCCUCCGCGGGCCUGACAUUUGGUGUGUCCAACCAACCUACCACUGCCUUUGGCACAGGCGGCCCUAUGCUCCAGCUCAAGAAACCUCCUCCUGGAAAUAAAAGGGGCAAGAGAUAGAAACCACAAAUUUAAUCCUUUGAGUAACCAGCUACGCCUUGGAUUAUUGUGGAUAAAGCUUGGCUUGCCAAAGCAUUUAAUACCUUUAUAACAUGGCAAAUGUUUUAAAGACAUCAUGCCAUCUCAUUGGAAGUGUUUGACAUAUAGACAUUAUAGAAAUUGUCGUUCAAUAAUAUUCAGUCCACAAAAAAACAAAUUUCAUACUAAUGUGCUACCCCUUCAUAUUUGUCAUUUCUUAAAAAAUCUAUUCAAUUAACUGGAAGUAAUAUUUUUGAUAUUUUUGACUGUUUGCAUAAUAAAAUGCCAUUUGGUCCAAGCAUUAGAUACUUGAUUACAUUACGUAACUGAUAUGGUAAAAAUGCUAUACUCGUGUGAAGUGGGAAGUGCAAUAGUGCAGAUUAUUCUAUUUUGUAACAAUUCCCCAAAGUGUACUUGAAUCCUAAACUUGUUUAGUCCAGGGAAAGGUUCUGUUCAAGGGAAAUAACACUGAUGAAAUCGUCUAUGUGGCUCUGAGGAGCAUUUCUCACCCCAGGUUUUCUUUCAAACAUGUUGAUGGUGGUUUUAGGGCAAGGAAACAUUUUUAUUUUUGUUACUAAAGUAGAAGCGACCAGGGGUGGUUAAAAAAACAAAGUAGUCCAAAUAUUCUAUGUAAGUAUGUUCUUCAUAACUGAAUUGUUUAAGAUUUUUUUGUCACUUAAUGUUGUCCAUGUAUACUUGGGUAAAUGUCUCACAGGUCUAACUAGAUGUUCAGUAAAAUCUCAAAGGGAUUUCCUCAAGAUUCAACUUGCUCUGCUCUAAUUUUACAUAUGUCAAAUCAACAUUGCACUUACCAGUGUAUGUAAAUGAGAUUGCUUGUGUGCACUGCACCAAUAGGUCUACGAUGUGUCUGUCUGGUUUCUUUGGCCAUUUGCUGUGGUCAAAGAUCACAUUUUUCUUAAAAUGUAUUUUUCAGUUGUCAUCCUAUUUUGUAACUGCAGCAAACAUGUAUGUGUGUUAAUAAAGUCUGUGGUUUUGCCUCUUAAA